AUGACCGUCUUCUCAUCGAUCGAAAUAAGGCAUGACGACAACACAAGCGAAAAUGCCAGCAGUCAAGCCAAGCAGCACGACGAGCGGACAGUCGUUGGCGCAACACCUGAGGGCGAUCUGCCCCAGCUGGACACCACGUCGUUUCAGCGCAGCGAAGGCGGAUCGGAGCGGGGGCACACAACAGCGCAGUCGCCAAGCCCGAUGCCGACGCCCGCACCACACGCAGUAGCGGGAAGCAUGAGCCCGCUGGCGAGCUCCCCGCGCCUGGUCGCGUACGAACCCACUGACUGUGGCUGCAGCCAAGAGUACAGGGACAACAGCAGCAACAAGGAGGAGUUGCACUCCAGUUUCUCCGUUGAGAAUGCGCGAGCUCGGCGGNAAGAGUACAGGGACAACAGCAGCAACAAGGAGGAGUUGCACUCCAGUUUCUCCGUUGAGAAUGCGCGAGCUCGGCGGGUGCGUCUAGAGCGGCCGCCGCUCGGCUCUCUCAUGCCGCCGCCGCCCUCCCCUGGCCGUCUUGACUCAUGUGGUGUCGAUCUGCAAGAGCAGCAGCAACUAAUGUGUACCGAGACGCAGAGCUCAGAGCUGUACCAAGUGCGCUGCGAAAACGAGAAACUGCGGCAGGAACUCGCCACGAGGAGCGCAGACCUCCAGCAGGCGCUGCGAUUGCUGGAGCUUCGGGAGCUGGAGUGUAUAGAGCUGAAUCAACUUGUAGACAAUAUGCAAACCGAGGUGCGAGAAAUGCGAGAAUCAGAAAAGGAAAACAUCCAUACGCUGAGUAAAGAGAAUUCAGCAACAGAAGCACCACAUAACGUUAACUCUGUGGCUGCUGCGCAGAGGAUGAGUUUGUCAACGAAGACAGGGACAGUUGUAAAUAAAAGUAGCCGGACUGCGCUGCUGCCACCUGAUGAGGAGACCUUUAAGGCUCCCACGCUUGUCGCUGCUGUUGUGGACGAAGAUGAAUCACUUCAGCAGCUCUAUGACGAGCGCAACCGAUUGGCGAAGGAGCUAGCUGAGACAAAAGUUGUUGUUGCUGAGCAGGCGUCUGUGCUGGACCGGCUUGGCCUUCUUUCCCCGUACCCCAGCGAGAUGGUCAGCGCCGCGCGUCGCCUCAUACCGCGAUUUCUUCCCUUACCGAAUCAUCCCCACCACCACCACCAGCAGCAGCAGCAGUAA